AUGUGGAGGAGACAGGAGAGAGACAUGACCAAUAUACUGUCUGGGAUUCUCUUCUGUCUGAUGGUAGGACUGUCUCUCCAGGACAAUGGUAAGUCACUUUCUUUUUACAUUUCUCCAUAGGAUUUUAGAGAGGACAAAAUUCUUAAGCCUUGGGAUUUCAUAUUACAAUUGGGACUUUGUAUCCACUUUGCCUAUUGGUAGGGCUUCACCAGUUCUGUUUCCCCUCCAUCAACAACAUGCUUGUUAUGCCUAAAUGUUUGCCAGUAAAUCAGCUCCACAAUAGCUAGUAUAAGGUUGUCACACAUCUUGUAUAAGUUGUGUAAAACAUCAUGCAUGUUUUAAACAGCAUUUCAAGCCAACUAACUUUAAAAAUAUCUAUAUAUAUAUAUUAUUAUAAUGACAUUUAUAUUCAAUACUGUGUGUCAAAGGUGAAUAGCUGCAUUCAAAGUAGAAAACCUCACAUCGGAAUUAAAAUCUAUGUUCUUCCCCCCAUUUCACCACAGAGGAGAAAGUCAACAAGACAAAAACAACCGUCUUAGCUGUGUUGGACCCAAGGACGUUCAACGGCAGGAGAGUCCAGACCAACUGUACGGCUGAGGCUGGGCCCCCCAGCUUGGUCCACCUGUCCCCUGGGGCCCCUGGGCUGGACGUGAGGCUGGAGGACCCUGCAGUAGCCUACACCACAGGGCUCCUCAGCACCCGGCUCAUCCCCUCAGCCUACCUCCUGGCCACGGCAGUGGGCGUCCCUUCCAACGCUUAUAUCCUGGCCUUCCUGAGGCUCCGGGCCAGGUCCUUCUCCACGGCUGUCCUCUACCUGAGCCUGGCCCUCUCUGACCUGCUCCUCCUGCUCUCCCUGGUCCUCCGCGUCCACUACCACCUCAACGGAAACAACUGGGUGUUUGGCGAAGCUGCCUGCCGUGUCGUCACCGCCUGUUUCUAAAGCAACAUCUACUGCUCUGCCCACACCAUCGUGUGUGUCAGCCUCAAGCUCUACCUGGCCGUGGUGAGGCCCUUCCUGUACAGGCGGCUGCCCAAGACAGCCUGGGCGGUAGAGGCAAGCCUGGGGGUGUGGGGCCUGUUUGGGGUGGCUGUGGUGCCAGAGCUCCUUGUGAGAGAGAGCUUCCUGCUGCCUAGUCUGGGCUUCACCACUUGCCACGACAUACUGCCCCUGGAGGAGGACUCCCACGCCCUGCUGGUGCCCUAAAGACUGGCCUGUUUAGGGUUCUGCGUGCCCUUUGUGGUCUGUGCCUGGACCCAUGUGGCGGUGGUGCUGCAUCUGGGUCGCUCGGGCCUUGACUGGACUCCCUUCAUCAGGGUCAGUACACUGGUCUUCCUCAUCUUCACUGUGUAUUUCGCUCCCAGCGGCGUCCUCCAUAUCGCCCAUUACGUGAGGCUGUCAACCAGUGGAGAGGACAGCUGUAUGUGUACUCCAGCACUACAGUGUGUCUGUGCUGCUUCCACAGCUGUCUGGACCCCUUCCUGUGUAUUCUCAUGUCCAUGACAACCGCCUCCAAACUACGCUUCGCCUCGCUCAGGAGGAGGCAGCAGAGAUCUGCUGUUCUGGUGUAG